AUGCAGACCUCAUUCUUCCUGGCCCUCAUCACCUUGGCCGUUUCGGCAACCGCGCAAUUCGCUGGCCCAUGCACCAAUGCCGCCUGUGGUGAAUCGAGUGAGGUCUGCGGCCAAGGACUGCUCAGCUGUUUUGUGAACGACCUGCCAGCUCGCAUGCGGCGUCUUAAGUUCAUUUGCGGCGACACGGAUGGCAACACCAAGAGAAGUUAUGAGACAACGCGUAUUGUCAUGGCCACGCAGAAAAACUUAGUCGACUACGUGUUUCAAGAUCGAAGGGGCAUCAAGCGGAAUAGGAAAGCUGAAUUUGCGAUUUUGGGAACAGUCGUGUGA